AUGUGGAUGAACCUGGAGGAUAUUGUGCUACGUGAAACAGGCCGGUCACAGGCAGAGACGCUACACGGCACUGCCUCUGUGAUCAAUCUAAACAGGCAGACUCACAGAGCAAACAGUGGAGCGGUGGUCUCCAGGGGCUGGGGGCAGGGGGACGCGGGGACGCAUGAGACAAAGGGAAGUGCAGAGAAGAGCCUGAGCUGUCCACUGGACAAUGACGGUCACCUCGAGGAAGAGAAAUUGUGCCGACUGCUCUAUGUGUCAGGAAUUAUCAAGUACCAGCAAGCAUGUGGGGAGCGUGACCGAGCACAGCCAGCCCAGCGAGCAUGUGGGGAGCGUGACCGAGCACAGCCAGCCCAGCAAGCAUGUGCGGAGCGUGACCGAGCACAGCCAGCCCAGCAAGCAUGUGGGGAGCGUGACCGAGCACAGCCAGCCCAGCAAGCAUGUGGGGAGCGUGACCGAGCACAGCCAGCCCAGCGAGCAUGUGCGGAGCGUGACCGAGCACAGCCAGCCCAGCAAGGAUGUGGGGAGCGUGACCGAGCACAGCCAGCCCAGCUAGCAUGUGGGGAGCGUGACCGAGCACAGCCAGCCCAGCUAGCAUGUGGGGAGCGUGACCGAGCACAGCCAGCCCAGCAAGCAUGUGCGGAGCGUGACCGAGCACAGCCAGCCCAGCAAGGAUGUGGGGAGCGUGACCGAGCACAGCCAGCCCAGCAAGGAUGUGGGGAGCGUGACCGAGCACAGCCAGCCCAGCAAGGAUGUGGGGAGCGUGACCGAGCACAGCCAGCCCAGCAAGGAUGUGGGGAGCGUGACCGAGCACAGCCAGCCCAGCGAGCAUGGGGGGAGCGUGACCGAGCACAGCCAGCCCAGCGAGCAUGUGCGGAGCGUGACCGAGCACAGCCAGCCCAGCAAGAAGUGACGGGAAGGGAGGGGCUCCUAUCCAGGGCAUCGCCAGAGAGAAGAAAGCUCUCAGAGAUCCGUGGGAAGAAAGGGAACCAGGCAUCCCGCAAGCUUCGGAAAGAUCUCCAGGAACUGCAUCGAGGGCAUCAAGUUCAGUCACCACUCUCCAGGGGAGACUGCAGAUGUCCUGAAGAACAUCCAGGUGCUGCCUUGUAUCUGAACCCCAAGGAACCACCUUUAAGACUCCUGUUCCAUAAAGGAAUGGAAGACCGAGUAUCAGAGGGUAGAAACCCUGAAAAUUACACGGGGGCUACAGGCCCUAUAGCUAAGAAUACAGAAAAUAAGAAAAAGAAAACGAAUCUCAAGUCUACACCCACCCACGAGGAGAGACAGAGACAAGGUGCCACCCCCAGACUCUUGCACACUAGCUCGGCAUCGCCAUCCACGUUGCUCCCCUCGUCCCCACCGCACGGCCCGCACUGCAGCCCAGACAAAGGGCUCCCCGCCCCCGCGCCCCGCCAGGUGCAGCGGCCGUGCGCUCCCAGCGGAGGCGCCCCGAGGCGGGCGGGAGGCUCCGGGAGACGCGGACCUGCCGGCCGCGGCUGCGGGAGAGCCAGGGAGCCCGCCCCGCGCCCGGGCUCGGACGGGCGCUGCAGCCCCGGCGCCCCUUACCUGCUCCGGGCGGCCGUGGCCGCGGGAGGCGCGCUCGGUCCGGCGCAGGCAGCCCCGGCCGAGGUAAGGAGGCUGCUACCGCGGCCGCCGCGAAGGACAAUCAGCAGCCUGCGGACUCGGCACCGCCGCGGCGGGCGCAAGACGCACGAGUCCGGGAGCCCGGCCCCCGCUCCAGCCCGCAGCCCCGCGGCGGGGCGGGGCCGAGAUGAGGAAACUGCAGCACCGAGAGGUUACGUGGCUUGUCCUCGGCUCCUAAGUGAUGGAGCUGCGAUCCGCUCCACGGCCAGCGUUCUUAACACAGUCAGGGCGGAAAACGUGGCAGGGUGUGCCCUGUCCCACCAUGAAGGUAAAUGCCCAUCGAUUCACCAGACGGUUCGUGACCCCCUGUCCCAGGCUCUACCUACAAACCGCAGGACGAGCGUGCAAAAGGGAGUUGAAGUGCUGGUGGCCACCAAGCCCAGUGCUCAGCCUCGAUGGCAGAGUAUCAGCUAA